CCUGUUCGGAAGCUGCUCAAACUCGUUCUCCGGGGACUCUCUUGUUUCCGGCUCUGAUCCCCCUUUUUUCUCUUGUUGUAACUGCCCUUAUUUCCUGAUGGGAACCUCCCGUUUCCCACUUAGGGGGCCCUUCUCUCUCCAGGUUUCCCCGCUGCCGCUUUCUCAGCACUCCCCAGCCCACCCUCAAGCUGACCCCAGAGAAAGCUGGCGAUACCUGCGGGCGCUCCUCCUCGCUUCCGAUCCUGCGUCCCGCAGCCCUGAGCUCCCUGGGCUCGGGGAGCCCUUGGUCUUUGCUCUUCCUCGAGUUCCUUCUCAGUUCUAUUGCAGACACACCCCCGGAAGCCGUCUUCAUGUUCUUCCAGUAUGGCUGUACCCUUUAGAGUGGAAGCGUCUCCUUCCCCUGGUCGUUUCUUUCUGGAAGAACGUUGAGAAGGCAGGGGCUCACCUCUUUGCCUUCCGCCACUCCUUCCCCUCAUUCCUGGUCUGGAUGAGCCACCCCCAUCAAGCCCCACAGCCCGGGUCCCUUCUCCAGACCCAGGUCCAGCCCAACCCGGUGCCUUCUGGACACGCUGUGCCUCAGGCUGGGCACCCACCGCAUCCCACCUCACCCACGCCAGGCCUGGCUUCCUAGGCUGCCGGUGCUUGGGGAAGUCUGUCCACUUCCCUUCUAUCUGCAAAGCCAGCCUGGUGGCUGGACUCAGAGUCCUUAACCAGCUCAGGGCUGCCAGAGAGGGUACUUUGCCCAGGGGGUCCUUACUCGUGUACCAUGUAGCAGCAGGGUCACGCUCUGGUCCCAGGGUCACUGCACAGUGUUCUGCUUUCUCCAUGGUCUCUCUCCACCUCAGCCCUCAUCUCUGACUACACCCCCGCCCCCCGAGCCCUUGAGAGGAAUGAAACAGGCACCCUGUCACUUUUCUUUGCAUUUACAGGAGCUGGGCAUGGCUGGUGGGGCCUUGUGCCCCACUGGGAGCCGUGGUGAGAGGGCGGUUUUGUAGUAGGCAGUGUGAGGGUAGUCGGGACAGCCGUUCCCCGGCCUGCAGGUCUCCAGCCUUUCCUGCCCUGGUAUGCGGUUGCUUGGGAGGAUUCCAGUGUGCUGGGUGAUGGAGGGAGAAAAGAAGAGGCCUUGGUGGGAUGUGGACUGAGUUCCUUCGGCAGAGGACACGGGCUUUCAACCCACCCUCUUGGGCUUCGGGAAGCUCCUGGCCAGAGGCCCUAGCUUGGCUGUACCCCAGGCCACCUGGCCCAGUGUGAAUUGGGGUAGCACUUCUCAUAACCCUGUCAGCCUUGGGGGUGCACCUCAGGACUUGUCCUUUCUCUGACUCUUUUUGCUUGUCCAUGACCUUUUGAUCCUCCCAAAAGGACCCUUUUUUUCUUGGGCCUUGAGUGAGAGUCUAGGAAGCCAAGCCAAAGGUGGGGGGGGGGUCCCAGGGGAAUUUGGGGGUUCCUUGGCUCCCCUCGUGUGAGUGGGCUGAAGCUGGACCUGGCGUGGAAACAGGCCAUGUGGUGCCGGCUCUUGGUCCACUCAGCACAGAGAGCUGCAUUUCUACCUCUGCCCGGAGCUGCUGGUGACUGAGCUUCUGAGCCUGGCUGGUUCAAACCGGUGGCGCUGUGCUGGGAGCUGAGCUCUGUUCUGGGCCGACCGGAGGCAGGCGGCUGAGCAGCUCUAAUGGACAAUGAAGGUGCUGGGGCCUCCUGGCCUGUGGCCUUCCCCGUGGCCUAGCGGGCUCUGCUCGGUGGCUUCCCAGGGAACUGGUCUGCUAAGCAAGGAGAGCCCACCUAAGCUGAGCUAUAGGUUCUGGCACCAGCCCUCCGCCCCACCUCCGUUUUUCCCAAGUGACACCCGGGCCUUGGCAGGGAGUUGAUUCCCUCUCAUCUCUGGAGGCUUGGAGAAAGCUUUAGAGCGUGUGAUCAGUGGGAGAGCUCUUGGCUCUAGAAGGGUUGGCUGGAGCCCUGCCACAGUUGAGAAUGUGCUUCGGCUCCUGGAAGACCUACCAUGGGACGGGGUGCACCGCCAUGCCCUCCCUGGAGCCUGGGGUCCAAGGGGAGGCUUCUUGAUGACUGCUUGCUGCGUGCCGUGGUCCGCGUCACCCUCCCAGCCACCCUGGAUGGGGACAGGGAUGGGGGCAGGGCCUGCCCCGUCGCCUGGUUGGCAUCAGAGCUGGGUUUGCUCCCAGGAGGAUCUGGUCAAGGACGGCACGGGUCCCACUUGCGCUGCCUCGAAAUGAGUGGGUGCAGAGCCCUGUGCAUGUCCGUGGUUGGGGCCCACUGCUCCCAACACGUCUUGGCUUGGGCUCAGCCUCUCCACUCCUGCUGGCCUUCUUUGUGUACUAACGGUCACUUGAUGUGCGCUGGCUGUUUUAUCCACCUACUAGCAGAUGCCCGGCUGAAGGAGGAGCAGGCCACGUGCCCCAACUGUCGUUGCGAGAUCAGCAAGAGCCUCUGCUGCCGCAACCUGGCCGUGGAGAAGGCCGUGAGCGAGCUGCCCUCCGAGUGUGGCUUCUGCCUGUGCCAGUUCCCCCGCUCCCUCCUGGAGAGGCACCAGAAAGAGGAGUGCCAGGACAGGGUGACACAGUGCAAGUACAAGCGCAUUGGCUGCCCGUGGCACGGCCCUUUCCACGAGCUGACAAUGCACGAGGCCGCGUGUGCCCACCCGACCAAGACAGGCAAUGAGCUGAUGGAGAUCCUGGACGAGAUGGACCAGAGCCACCGCAAGGAGAUGCAGCUCUACAACAGCAUUUUCAGCCUGCUCAGCUUCGAGAAGAUCGGCUACACAGAGGUGCAGUUCCGGCCGUACCGCACGGACGACUUCAUCACGCGCCUGUACUACGAGACGCCGCGGUUCACGGUGCUGAACCAGACGUGGGUCCUGAAGGCGCGCGUGAACGACUCGGAGCGCAACCCCAACCUGUCGUGCAAGCGCACGCUCUCCUUCCAGCUGCUCCUCAAGAGCAAGGUCACGGCACCCCUGGAGUGCUCCUUCCUGCUGCUCAAGGGCCCGUACGACGACGUGAAGAUCAGCCCCGUCAUCUACCACUUCGUCUUCACCAACGAGAGUAACGAGACGGACUACGUGCCGCUGCCCAUCGUUGACUCCGUGGAAUGCAACAAGCUGCUGGCCGCCAAGAACAUCAACCUGCGGCUCUUCCUGUUCCAGAUACAGAAGUAGGCGGCCCCGCGGCACCAUUGCCCAUCUCAGCCGAGGAGGGGGAGGAACAGAAGCGAACCCUGGGACGUCUGCAUGUGUGUGCGGGGGUGGGAGCGCCCCCCUCGCCCUCUGCCCCACCUCCCCAUCCCGGGCACCGGAGGCCGGGCCACCGCAGAGGAGACGCUGCUCGGGGACCCGAGGGGUGUGGCGCGGCGCGGCAGCCUGGCCCCACCACGCAGGAGGCCGCACGCCGGGCGCACACGGCCCCUGGGCCGGGCUCGGGGGCACUGACCUCUCAGACGGCAUAUUUGAUUGCAAUUAAAAAGGCACCCUUGUUUCCUA